AUGGGGGUGAAAAGAUUGCAAAGAGGGCUCUAUUGCCCUCCCAACCUGUUGACAGCUGUGGUGCUAACAACAUGGGAAAUAAUCCUCAGAGACAAGCUUUCCUGCAUCAGAGCCUACAGGAGAGAGAAAAAUUAGACCAAAAGGAAACUGUCUGAUAAGAGAAUAACCUGGGCCUCCAGAUCUGAUGAGAAUCUUACCCUUCAGAUUGAUCCCGUGGACAUCACUCAUGAUGAGUAUUACAGGUGUCAAGUGGUAACAUCUUACGGGAAUUUUCUUCAUGGAUAUCACCUCCAAGUGUUAGUGCCCCCUGAGGUGACCCUGUUUCAAAGUAAGAAUAGAACUGCGGUGUGCAGGGCAGUUGCAAGGAAGCCAGCUGCACAAAUCUCCUGGACCCCAGAGGGAGACUGUGUCACUGAGCAAGAAUAUUGGGACAAUGGCACAGUGACCAUCCAGAGUACCUGCCACUGGGAGGACUGCCAUGUGCCUACGGCGUCCUGCACUGUCUCCCAUGUGACCGGCAACAAGAGCCUGUCCUUAGAGCUAAACCCUGGUCUCAGAACCCUAAGAUUUCCAGCAUCAUCCUUACUGAUCAUUCUCUAUGAGAGAUUCGUUCUUUUCUUGGUUAUACUGGUCAUCAUGGGAUGCAUCUAUUUCCAGAGGAUUAAUGAAAGUAGGGCUCUGACAUGUCUCUAUCAUCCCCUCACACAAGUCUUACAUUUCCUGAAGUCAUCUGGGGACAGAAGACUGCUAUUCUAUUAA